AUGAUCGCCGUUUGCUCUGAAUCUUCUUCGUCGAAUCAGGAAUCACGCUCUGGUGUUUUUUUAAAUUAUGCUCCAGAGGAUACGCUAAGAAGCUUUUUGACGGAGGAGCAUUUUGCUGUGGUGUCCAGUAAGGUGGAGUCCGAGGAGACAGGCCCAGGUCAUAAUACACCAUCAUCAGAUGCUACCAACAAUGUGGCUGGUUCCACUUCCGAAGUCGAGGGUGCUCAGAGAAAGACAAGUAGUUUUGGCUCUACUUUCUUUCCAAAGAAAACCUUAAAAUUGUGUCCCCAACAACCACAAUGUAAUCACCUACUGAAUGGUCAAGAUCAUUCGGUAUCAAAAGAUGAAUGCUUGGGUGGAAAUGACCCUUUUCAAUUGAAAUCGGCCAACCUCUUAAACGAACUCCCUUUUACAAAUCGUGAGACAGAUCACGGAACAGGAACUUCGACAGUUGAUCACAGCGUUGAUGGAGAGUUAGAGGAAUUUGAGUUGCUUGAACGCUUUACUGAAAAUCAGUCGUGUAAUGGUAUGCAUCGAUGUGACUCUGAGUCUCAUCAGCUUUCUGAACAACAUGGAUCAUCUCAUAAACCGGCCUUGGAAUCGGUGGUCGCCUACUCGCCCACGUGCACAACUGGUGUUUGCGGUAGUAUUGAAUUGAAAGAUAAUCGGCAAGUAAAUAAAAAUAAGGAAAACCAUGGACUGCUAUGUUUCGAUAAUGUACAGGGUAAUCAUUUCGCGCGUUCUCCGGCUUGCCGUACUUUUGAAAGUGAUGAAGUGGGCCCAAUGAAGACCCCUAAACCGGUAUCUGCUGAUUUUGAUGAUCAAGUUCCCUGGAAGGAUGAGCAUGAAAUUGUCGAUUUACCAGACACGAACGAACUUUGUUUGAAUCGGCAACGGUCCUAUCCUAGUUUGCCCGUCAAUACGUUUGAUGCGGUGAAGGUCGACACGGAAAAGAAGCUCGACAGCUCUCCUGAUGGACCCCCCUCGUCUUCAUCCGCAGUGGUCAAAGUCUGGAUUUCGCGUCUUGAGGCUGAAGUCAACCGUUUCAACCUUGAAAAUGCGGCAUUAGCCAAACUUAAGGCUAAAAAUGAAGAGGUGAUAAGUUUGGCAGACAGCAUAGACCGUUGCAUAUUGGAAAUUGGAAGCUUCCGCCCAGCAAGCGUGCUGUAUCGAAAGGACCUAGAGUGUGCACUGUGGGGUGUCAGUAUGAGUGAUUUGUCCCGAUAUCGCCACCCAUCGGUGGUUGGGCGAAUCAUCUCAUGGAAGGAGCGAAAAGUGUUGUCCGAAUAUCACAGAAGUUUGCAAUCGAUGCCGAGAAAGCGUGAUCGUGAGGAAAUCGAACGCUUAAGACAACAGAUUUUCGACGAAAAAACUGAAGCUUCUCAACGGGAAAUACGCCUUCAGCAGCAAAACAGCCGACAGCGAGCACGGAUAGACGAAUUAACUGCCGAAAGGACUGAACUAUUGGAGCGUAUUAAACGGCUGGAGCAGGCCCGUUUUUCACGGCAGAAUUCAUCACCAUUGGAAGGAGCUAAUAGAGGACUGAAGGUCCAUGGUCAAUUUGGCUCCGUUUCGGAAUGCGUUAACCUUCGUCCGAAAACCGUGAACACCGUAAAUCAUGAGAUCAGUCAGAUGCAAAGGCGGAUCCAUUCAGCAUCCUCAGAACCAAUUUCUAGCGGCCUCGCUGCGACCUCUGAAGUAUCCACUUCGGUGACGUCCAGUGACUGUUUGCGUGAAGUUCCUGCUGCAAAAUCUCUCCCACCCUCCACUCUUUUAACCGAUCAUCUUCCUCUCACAAGUCGUGGUUUCCAAUUAUCACCAGUCCCCCCUGACUGCAAUGGUCGACCCGCGAUGCACGAAUCCUGCCAUCCAGAUAAUGCUACUUAUCCCUGUUCACCCGAAGACACUGAUAAAGCCUCUCUUCCCGAUGGUGCCGAAGAAGCAGGUUGCAGAAAUGGACAGAAAUCAAUGGCUUACUUCGAAUCCGCUCCGUCUAUGCUGGAACGGUCCACCCGGUCGACAAAAUUAACUACUGAGUUGGCAACUUUACCACAUCAACAGGAGAUCUGCAGUCAUCCUUUUAUCACUUCCAAUGAUAACCAGCCGCUUGUUGUGGAAGAAUCCUGUCGACCUGACGGAAUGUCGGUUCGAAUCUUCUCCAAUGGCGACAAAGUAAUCAGUUUACCUAAUGGUCAACAGGAAGUUCAUUGCGAAGCAUUCAAGCGUAGAGUCUACCCUGACGGCACGCUAAAAACGGUAUUCAAGGACGGUCGACAGGAGACUCGUUACGCAUCAGGCCGAGUUCGCGUGAAGGAUGGUUUGGGCAACCUCCUUGUGGACACUCGAAUAGCUCCCGUAUCUCGGACUGCAUCUGCCAACUUGGCGAACAUUAUCGUGUCUCCUCACUAA